AAUACGCCGCGACGUGCGCCAUCUUUCGGAAGCCGUCCGCGAACUCCACGACGCCAGCCAGCCAGCCAGAGAUGCCCUAUUUAACGGCAACGCACGUUCUCUCGUAACGCAUUUUCAAUAAGAACACUGUGAUCGUAACGAGGAUGUGGUUUUUGAGUGUGUGAAAAGUGUGAUUUUUUUUUUGCCGUGCGACGUGACAAGCGGGAUCGACGUUGUGGACACGAGCGCCGGCACGCAACGUACCGUCUCGCAGAUCUCCACUGGCAUGGAGCUAGGAGCGCACUGAUAGCGUUAGUUUACGAGAUCUUGGUUUCUAUGCAUUGCCUGCCAAAGAAGAACUGAGCCCAAUGUUUCCACACAAUUCUAGUUCACAUGAGAUUUCUACAGAAACAAAUGCCUUCGUACAAAAUUCCAUGGGGGAUGUAGUAGUAUUAGAGGAAAGCAGUCUGGAUGGGGUGGGGGAAGGGGAAGGAUCAGAGCACAUUAGGUACUGUGAUAUCGAAUCGAUAGCAAACAGCAGCAUGAUGGCAGCACCUAUUAGCCAUCCCGAAGCUACCGCCGCCAAUGACUUUUCAACCGUCCUGCUGAACCAAGCUGGUGAGUUCAACUCAACCGGCAUAGGUAAGGCCUGCCAGUCAGUGGCGCCAGCAACCACAAAAUACCCAACAAAUCACCCUCAAAUCUGCGAUAAUAAUAAUAAAAUAAAUAAUCACAACAAUGCAGAACAUAAUCAUCACAAGUACAGAAAGCAAAACACACCGGGCUUGCUUGGUCUGCAGCUGGGCAGCUCCGCCAAUAACUCUAAGUCUACUUGUAAGACAUUAAGUGAUAAUAAGACUAGCUUUAGUACUGUAUACAUUAGGAUACACAUAAGGGUAAGUGUAAAUUUUGAAAGGGACGAAGUGUGUUACACCGUUGGGGUACCUAGCCUAGUUAGGAUACCCAAGUCUGAUAGUCCCCAACGGCUGUUACGCCUCCCUAACUCUGAUGACAAUUACUCCUUACUAGGGUCCUGCCUUGACCUAGGCGACAACAAUAAAUUUAAGGCUAAUUUUAGUUAUGUAAGUAAUAACAACUCCAAGUCUGUGAUAUUGCUCAGCUCAACCAGUUACAGUAACCAUUACCUCCUCUUUAGUGGUGGCUUUGACAAGAUAGCUGCUGUUAUCCCGGUACUUUGUAUUAAAAGGGACGAUUCUACCACCACAUCGAAUAGAUUGAAACUACUAGGUGAUAAGUACGCCCUAGUUACCAGUUUUGCUCAGAUCUCUAGACUGCUUGCAAACGAUAGAAUUCUGGAUGAUUCUAACUCUGGCAUCCGUGUUUCGCUGAGCCGCCGAUUAGCACGACACCUCUUGGAAUCGCAUUUGAAUGUCAACACUCUAGUACCGGUGUCUGUUCACGCUCAGAAUUUCGCGAUGUACGCCGCAAGUUCUUCCAUUACGCUUAUCGUUUCCAGAAACGAAGUAAUUGACCACACUUUGCGAUCUUUCCUGAAAAAUCUCACACAAGUAUAUGUACAAUCUUCUAUUUCUCCAUUAUGUAAUGUCACUGUGACCGAGCUGAUGCAACACAUAUGUGUUCCACUAUUAAUAAUAUGUAAAAGUAAUGAUUACAACGUUGGUAAUAAUUAUAAUGAAUAUUAUAAUAACGAGUACAGUAACGUUGCUAGUAUUGAAGAAGAAAUUAAUAUUAGUAAUAAUAAUCCAGAUGUUAUCGGAGACAUUGUUGACAUCGCUGUGUGCUACAAGACUAGUGUAAUGACUACUAAUGUUAGGAUCUUAGGGUCUCAAAAUGAUGGUAUUAGUUGUACCGAAGCAACAAUAUAUACUGUUGGUGCUCUUUUAUUUCAGGAUAACAAUAAGCCUCUAAACACUUGUUUUAAGAUUAGUAGACAUAGGGGAUUGGUUACUACCGAUCGCGAAUCUAACUCUACCAUUAAGUCUGUAUUUAGGUCUAAGUUAAGCGAUAAGUGUAGUAACGUUAACGUAGUUAAGUUUGAAACAUCUCAUGCCGCUCGACUUGACGAAUCUGACAACAGUAAGCAAGUUAAGUUGACUGUCAACAUUCCUAUAAUGACUACCUGCAAGCCUACGAUGACGCUUACAUGCCAAUCAGCCACCGUCGCAUCCCAAACAAUUGUUGUACCUGUAUCUCGGGCGGAGAGUCGCACGAACGACAAUGAAAUGCGAUUGGAAUAUUUCAAUAUACUCCAAAAUGACCAAAUAUGUAUCCCGUAUAUGUUGCUAAGUCAUACAGAUGAUCUUAAUAAGAAUGACUUGUGUCGUUAUGACGCAACUAAAUUUAAAGACGCGCAAAUUUAUGCUAUUGACAAGCUCAAGGCUACUACAACAUCGAAAGAUGACGCUCAGUUGAUCUGCAAAUAUCACCGAGAUACUCUUAAAUACGACCAAAGUCGUAAGAACGAUGACGAUAAUGCCAUCAUAUGCAACGGCAACGAAGAUUUCUCUCUAUCGACUACAUGGCACCUCCUAAAGCAUUAUGUGCGUGAAUUAGUUCCUGCUUGUCGAAGAAUGUACCAGACGAACAGGAAUGAAUACGAAGUUUAUCGGCGUCGACUACGAUCUGUCUUGAACGUCCUAUUUCGCAAAUACGUCUCGGAGUUGUAUGAAAACUACAACGAGCCUAUUGCAAGUUACAAGCAACGUUGGGGUAUACCAAUGGGACUGCGGUUGGUAGGAGGUGGAGAGAGUUCCUUGAACAGCGGGGGAGCUGCCAAUUGGGGAACAACACAAGCCACUGCGCCGAACAAUAACAAUACCAAUCAGAGUGGAUGGGGCGGUACACCCGGAAACCCACCCGGUAGUGCUAAUGCGCCGAAUAAUUGGGGCGGAAACACUGUCAAUCGAUCUGUCACUGGUAAUCCAAAUCAAAAUCAAAAUCAAGGACCGCCUGGAAACCAAAAUAAUCCGGGUAAUGUGAGUAAAGUUAAUAAUCCCAAUCAACAAUCGAAUCAACAAUCUGGUCCGCCAACAUCUCAAUCAAAUAACCCUACCCAAGGGAAUCAGAAUAAUAACCAAUGGUCUCAGGGAAAAUCUAAUAACCCAAGUAAUCUUGGGCAAAAUCCAUCAGUGCAAAAUAACAACAGUAGUGGCGUUCAGCAGCAGCAAUCUUCAGGUUCAAGUGCGAACAAUAAUCAGUCCAAUAAUCCUACCCAAGGAGCUGUAAGCAUUGGCAACACAUCAACGACUAAUAAUCCGUCUACGAAGCAGCAACUCGAACAACUCAAUACGAUGAGAGAAGCGCUUUUCAGUCACGACGGUUGGGGCUGUCAAAACGUGAAUCAAGAUACAAAUUGGGACGUCCCGACAUCUCCCGAGCCAAGCUUAACUAAGGACGGUGUACCGAUGUGGAAACCACCGGUGAACAACGGCACCGACUUGUGGGAGGCGAAUCUGCGUAACGGUGGACAGCCGCCGCCUCAACAGCAAACGAAAACACCGUGGGGCCACACUCCUGCGACUAAUAUCGGCGGCACUUGGGGCGAGGACGACGAAACGGCGGAUUCGUCCAACAUGUGGACCGGUGCACCAACGCAAUCCCAACCGAGCGCAGCUCAGUGGACCGGUGCUGCCGGUAAUCAAGCCGGAUCCAAUUGGGGCGACCCCAGAAUAGACCAUAGAGAUCCAAGGGAUUUGCGGUCCGUGGAUCCACGAGAGAUGCGUGAUCCUCGGGAUCACCGCAUGUCCUUGGAUCCCCGGGAUCAUAUGCGUGUGAUGGAUCCGAUGGCGCGCGAUCCGCGAAUGACCGACAUGCGUGGUGAUCCACGUGGAAUAUCAGGACGAUUACACGGUGCGAACGCGGACGCCAUGUGGAGCCAGCCACCUGGACCGCCACAUCAUCAGAUGGGUCACCAACAUCCAUCCGGGCCGCCAGCCAAGAUGCUCAAUCCGUCGAACAUGAAUCAGUGGGCCGGACAACCGCCGAAGGACAUUAUGCCCGGCAAACCGUCCGGUUGGGAGGAACCCUCGCCGCCGACGCAACGACGUAACGUGCCCAACUAUGACGACGGGACUAGCCUCUGGGGGAAUCCGGCUGCUAACCAGCGUGCAAUGCCAGGUAGCAAGGUUUCACAUUGGAAGGAUAUACCUGCACCGAACUUGGCUCGUGGAGGUAUGCAAUGUCCACCAGGCAUGCCGCAGAACAGAAUGCCAGGUCAACCUGGAAUGAAACCGGAUGUAAGCAAUCCCAUGUGGGGUCAUCCCGGAGCUCCAGGCGGACGCAACGGAACAUGGACAGACGGGCCGCAUGAUACUGCAUCUUGGGACGAUCCUAAGACACCGGCUACGUGGAACGAACCUCCGUUAAACCCAGGUUGGGGUGGUCCAACCGCGCACAAGCCAAAGCCUAUGGGACCUGCCGGUAGCUGGACCGAUUCUGAUAUGGAUCCGACUCCUAGCUGGGCACAUCCUGCGAAACCUACCUUAACAAAAGAAGUUAUUUGGAACAGUCGCGAAUUCCGUUACCUUUGCGAUUUAGGUUUUAAGAAAGAGGAUGUCGAAGUAGCAUUAAGAAAUCGAGAAAUGAACCGAGAAGAGGCAUUGGAACUUCUCAAUCAAUUACGUCCUGUCGAUCAGUGGCGACGUCACGAGACACACUCAGGUUACGAUCCGACUCAUCAAGCGACUACUACGCCAGCCUAUCCUCGAUUCAAUCAUGUCGGACAGCAGAUGUCAUUCCCUCCGGGUGGCGGAGUGCCCAGUGGGGCAACCAGUGGGGGCGUAAGUGGUUCUGUCACCAGUGCUAGUCUUCUCAAGCUACAGCAACAGCAACAGCAGCAGACAGCUGUUCCGCUGCAGCAACAGCAGCCAAGUACCAAUACGCCACAACCCCCUUUCAACCAGGCAUCUCGCGCAUCACAGAAUCAACCGAGUACACAGCAGUUGCGGAUGCUCGUGCAACAAAUUCAACUAGCUGUGCACGAAGGAUACUUGAACCAUCAGAUCUUGAAUCAACCGUUGGCGCCUCAAACUCUGAUGUUACUGAAUCAAUUGCUACAGCAAAUCAAAGUUUUGCAACAAUUACACCAACAGCAUGCUGUUCAAAAUACAAUGAAGGGAAACAAUCAGUCAGCUCUGCAAAUCAGUGUUCAAAUCACGAAGACCAAGCAACAGAUCACCAAUUUGCAGAAUCAGAUCGCAGUGCAACAAGCAACGUAUAUGAAACAACAACAGCAACAUCCGGCUCCUCCAUCACAGGCAUCGGAAUAUUACAAAUCUUCCGUACACGAUCCCAUGUCAGCCCUGCAAAACAGUUUCAGCGAUAUAUCGAUGAACAAAGAGCCUCCGGUGAGUCAGCAACAAUCAAGAUUGAAUCAAUGGAAGCUGCCAUCGCUAGAUAAGGACGGCGAUUUGGUAUCGAACGAAUUUUCACGUGCUCCCGGAACUACGAGUAAACCGCCCGCAACACCCGGUGGCUUGACACAGCCACAUAGCAGUCCGAACAUGAAUCCCUUGCUAGGUCAAGGAGAUGGCACAUGGUCUACUCGACUCGGCGAUAGCGGCUGGCCUGAUCCGAGCAACAGCGAUUCAACCGACGGAAAGGACUGGCAACCAGGUGGUGCUGCGUACACUGAUCUCGUGCCAGAAUUCGAACCAGGGAAACCAUGGAAGGGUUCCCAGAUAAAAAGCAUCGAGGAUGAUCCUAGCAUCACUCCCGGCUCCGUCGUGCGUUCUCCAUUAUCCCUGGCUACCAUCAAGGACACCGAUACUAUAUUUUCAUCGAGCAGCAAGGCAUCACCACCACCACAAGCAGCUAAUCCCGAUACGUCGAUACCAAGUCUAAGUAAUUCUACAUGGACAUUCAAUCCACCAGCUACCACACCUAGUGCAUUUACCAGCACUUCCAAAAAUACAUGGGGAGAAUCUGCUCCUCCGCCUACCGCUGUGACUUCGGAACUCUGGGGUGCACCGAUGAGCAAAGCGCGCGGUCCACCUCCUGGUUUGAGCAGUAAAGGAGCGACGAACACGAGCAAUGGCUGGGGUGCAAGCUUAGGAAGUGUUAGUAGAUCGUCUAGCUCAUGGGGCCUCCAAUCAUCCACCGUCAGUAAUUCGGGUUGGAUGUCUACGUGGCUUCUGUUGAAGAAUCUUACUCCACAAAUCGACGGCUCUACUUUGAAAACACUGUGUAUGCAACAUGGACCGGUUCAAGACUUCCGUCUCUACCAGAAUCAUGGAAUCGCUUUGACAAAAUAUUCCUCUCGCGACGAAGCAAUGAAGGCUCAAGGAGCCCUAAACAAUUGCGUCCUGGGUAACACAACGAUAUUCGCCGAGUCGCCCGCAGAAAGCGAGGUUGCUGCAAUUCUGCAGCAACUCGGCCAUGGUGGACAGCAGCAGGCCGGCGGUUCCGGAGGAGCCGGCUGGGGCCUUAGACCAACUAACAAAGCUGGGCCGCCGCCCGACACAUGGGGAGGCAGCUCUAGUCAACUCUGGGGCGCUCCGCCCACCAGCAAUUCCUUGUGGAGUAACGCGGGAAUUGACAACAGCGAUCAGCAACGAGCAACUCCCAGUUCUCUCAACUCGUACUUACCGGGAGAUCUUUUGGGAGGUGAGUCGAUGUAGAGAACGAGAGGCCAUCCGCCCGAAAUAUCGUCAAAUAAUUGAGAAAUUCACUUGCUUAUUACGCAAGUCCAGAUGUGCAGCUCGGCUGACGCAAAACCUUCGUGAUCGAAUGUGUAUUACUUCCCUUCUGAUCCCCCCGCCUCUCAUUCCUUUAAGAUUACACGAUUACAUUUUGUAUAUCUUAGUACGAGAUUAUUAUGUAUUCAGAUCAGUGUCUUUGGCUAAAGCGGUCUUUGGCUACGAGACGUGUCUGCUUGCGUAGUUGUUGAUGAUAGGAGAUGAGCAUGUGAGAGGAUGAGGGAAUGGGAGGAGAAGCUUAGAGAGUGGUUGACAGAGUGAUAGAAAGAGAGAGUGUGUGUGAGAGAAAGGUAGAGAGAAUGAGACGGACGAGGUCUUCACGAAACGUCAAUUAUAUUGCUAAGAAACGCAAUUACUAUAACGAGUUACUUAACAAAGAAAAAAAAAAUUACUACCCUCGUAUCCGCCUUGAGUAGAACACGCGUAAGCAAAAAAAAAAAAAUCGCGGCAUACAGCCAAAUCGUGCGAUAAAUGUCUAAUUUUACAUGACAAACUACACUCUACACACACACAACACAUUCACGAAGAACUACACUACUCGACAAGAAAGAAAGGUACUUUGCAAAAUACGAAUUUUGCGAUCGCGUCAUUACUCCGAGGAGAUUUACGGAUUGCGGAAGAUCAAGUUGGACCAAUUGCAACGGUCUCUUCAUUAACAUAUUGGUGCGUGCAUUGCGUGCGAUUUUGCCACGCUGUAUAACGACGAAGUGGCGUUCCAAGCGUUCUCGUCGUUCCAAGCCAAUAAAGCAUUUCUAAUCUGAAGAUAACGCGUGGAGGAAGAUGAAGGGAAAAAAAAAGAGAAUUAUCCGCGCUCUCUGCCAUUUUGCUAAUGAAUGGCGGGCGCUUUUCAAUGAGAAGAUUUAUCGGCCGAGGGUCUCUGAUCAGGUCAAAGAGUGUUCCAUUUUUGCUGGACAGUUCUGAAGACUGCAGCGAGUAUCAAACGUAGACUGUAUCAAUCUAAUCAAAAGAAAGAAACCUUAAAAAAAAAAAACAAGCAUUGACGUCGCUGCCUGGUGUUCUGCCCCGACCCCCACCCCCCACCGCACUCUCCGGACCCCCCCACGAAUGUGGAAGAAACGAGGAAUGCAGGGAUAUCAGAUCAACUGGGCAACGACGCAACGAUACCAAAUGUUAUCGCAAUAACGUAAAUUUUAUUCUAUAUUAAAUCUAGAUGCCACCUGUCGUGCCAAUGUCCAGUGUGUCUCUUUACCAUUUAUUAACGUAGAGUUUAAAUGAAGAAAAAAAAAAGGGAGGAAGAAACAUGCGAAGGAAGGAACGGGGGAAGAAAACGGUGAGAUGAAGAUUAGGAGGAAGACCGAGAGAAGUGCUGAGAUAAAAGCUGCUAAAUAAAAGCGGUUGAAAGCGGUUUACUACAUUAAGGUAAACACGAAGACGAGUAAUGAACACUACGUACUGAUUACCCAGUACGUAGCAUAUUACGCUUCUCAUUAGUGAUGUUCGAAUUCAAGGGGCAUCACGAUGAUCCGCGUAAGAUCGCAACGUGAGUAACGGCGAUGUUACGAAACAUGGCAUUUAAUAAAUUACGGGCGCAUCAUGAAGCUCGGUCUAGAAUGAAUUAAAUUAGUUUUUCUCUUCAACGUCAAAGGUACCUGACCUUACAGAAACGACGAACAAGCGAUCCGUUAUUUACUCAUGCACAACAAGUUUCCUUUUUUACUUUCCGCUUCUCCGUGUCGGUGGAGUGUUUUGAGAAACGUUUCGCGAUCAAUCACUGGCGCAGCCGCGAACGACGUGUAAGAGACAGCUUUUUUUCCUUCGUGAACUGAAAGAAGAGUAGAAAAAAAGAGUAACAGAGAGAGAGAGAGAGAAAUAUAUAUAUAUUACAUAUGUAAGCGUAUAAAUGAAACUAGAAGGAAAAAAAGAAACAAUCACAGGACGCUUCAGCGAGACGCGCGCAAUAAAAGUGAACAAUUACAUAUAUAUACACACACGCUGAUCAUACACGUUUGCCACGCAUGACUGAAUACCUUGCAUGCUUGCAAAUGUCAAACACGCCAAGCUAAGGAAACGUACAUAGUAGCAUUGGUCGACAAUGAUCCCGCCGCUUCCAUGCGAUCGGUCGAUCCUCGCGGAUACCGGACCACUUAAAUCCUUUGGCGUAUUAGUAAAUCAAAAAAAAAAAAAA